GCCACACCGUUUCGUCAUUUGCUCUUUUGAACCUGCUGUGUGGCUUUCUCGAAAGCACCACGGUUGGCUGACAUGCAAGUGUAGCCGAUACAGUUCACCCAUGAUCCCGCUUCGUGUGGGCGAGGCGCCUUACCACGAAACCUUCUAUGUACACAAGCACGUCCUCCUGAAGUCCGAGUAUUUCGAGAAGGCCCUCUGCGGUGAAUUCAAGGAGUCGGGCAUGCAAUCCAUCGACCUCCCGGAGGAGAACCCUGCUAUUUUCCACUUCCUCGUUGCCUACCUCUACGAAGGCAAAUAUGAGCCUAUCCGGCCUGCCGCCUCAGUAUUGGUGCCAGACCAAGACAAGGGGAAAGGCAACGCCGCCGACACGGGCGCCGGGUCCGACUCCGACUCGGCCUCAUCUAUCGAAUCCGACAUCAGCGCCCGCUCCCGCCGCCGGCGCGACCGCCACCGCCGCCGCGAGGACCGCAACUGGGAGCGCAUGCGCCAAAAGCACCCCGGCAUGCAUCGCCCGAACUGCAACUGCCCGCAAUGCGCCGCCGCCUCCGGGCCGCCCUGCUGGUCCUGCCGCGCCCCGCGCAACCCUCCGCCCUACCACCACCCACCUCACACCGUCUACCUCCACGACGGCCGCCCGGAGCGCCAACCACGCCGCCCGCCGCGCCGUCGCCAACACGGCCCCGGCAUUCCCCCACCCCCGCCGCCGCUCACACCCCCGUUACCACCUCCGGGGGGCGGUGGCCCAGCAGGUACCGGCACGGGCACCAACGGCGGCGGCUCUGCGGCAUGGGCGGACCCCAACGGCGGGCGCAUCUCGGGUGAGGACCUGCGCACGUGGCUGCUGACGUACGAGCUGCACAUGGACGUGUACAUCGUGGCGAACAAGUUCCUGCUGGAGGGGUUCAAGAAGGAGGUGGCGCGGGCGGCGAUCGACAUGCUGGAGACGGCCGGGUCGGACGCGGCGGUGGCCGAGGUGCUCUUCCUCUGCCGCAAGCUGUACGACGGCCUGCCCGAGUCGGACCCGCUGCUCAAGAUGGUCUUUGCCCGCGUCGGCUUCCUCCAGCCCUGGCGCCGCGCCGAGCGCGAGGCCGCCGACUUCCUCGCCGCCAACCCCGAGAUCGCCCCGCUCCUGCUCCGCGAGAUGGCCGCCCGCCGCGAGGACGACGUCAACGGCCGCGCCCUGCCCAGCAUGGUGCGCCCCUGGUACGCCUUUGGCGGUGGCGCUAACGGCGCCAUGGGCAACGGGAACGGCGCCUUCGGCCCCAACGGCCAGAUCGAUGUGUUUGGCGGUGGCCCGUGGGGACCCGGGAAUGGGUACCGGGGCUGGCCGGCUGCGCCGGGACCGGGGCCGGGGCACCAUGUGAGGAGAGGCGGGUAUUAGGGUGAGGGUGUUGUGCUAGGAAUGUGGUGGUGGUAUUUCUUGGGUAUGGGUGGAGGGGG